CAUUUGGUGAAGAGUAAAAACACCCCACCCCCUCUGCCAGCUGCUUUGAUCCAUCUGCGCUCCCACAUGUGUGACAGCAGCUUAUAGAGCAACACACAGAUCGCCGGUGCACUCCCAGGAGCAUCACCACAACCAGAGAGCGCAUCAAUACACCGGCAAGUGAAGCAAGGCUUGUUUGCUGAAGACGCCACAGGCUCGACUGAACGAGACACUUCCUGAGCGACAUCAUCUCAAGAGCACCAAGGCAAACUCACAGCGAGUCAUUUCCACAACAAUAUCAUGGUGAUAACCGUGUACAACAUCUCCAGCAACUCAGCCCGGGUAAGCUGGCCCGUGUACCCGGGCUGCCGGGACACAUUUUACAGCGUCAUGUACGACCCAAACUGGAACAGCCUGCUCAUGGGAUUCAAAAGAAAAAGCUUCAUGCAUGAAGAGCGAAUUCCAGUCAGCCAGACGGGCACAUACUUGGCUAACCUGCUUCCACAGACUGCCUACUUCCUGUGUGUCACGUGUCAGGCUGCUAAUCCAGUCCGCGACCAGUGCCAAGUGUUCAGCACCCUGACGGACAACAGUGAAGGCCAUGACAGAGCGGGCUGGGAGCUCGCCAUGGGGGUGUGGCUCUCCUGCUGCAUCGUGCUUCUUCUGAUCGCAGGCUUCAUGUUGUGGGGGUGCCUGCACACCAUUUGCCCUAUGACUGGUCAGGGUGCCAACGGCUGCGCUGUGGUGACCAGUGCCAUCCGCCACGACAUCACGGGACGCCUCUAUACCCCGCGAGGCAGUUGUGAUAGCAGCGCCAAACACGGCACCAACACACAAGCGCCCUUGCUGUCAGCGCAAAACUCCGGCCACAUAAUUACCCAGGACCACGAGCUGAGGACACUCGCAAAGCUGGCUGGCAGUGAGCCAGUUUAAGGCUUCUGGAUUGAGGUCAUCACUAAAUUGUUUCGUCUACACAUCACUGUCAAUCUGCAUAUUUUCAUGAAAUCCUCUUGGUUUAUUAGAAAUAAAACAAAGUAUUAAUUCAAACCAUUGUCUCCUUUUGCAUUACAACUUACUAAAAACCACGACUGACCUCAUUCAGAAUCCAACGCUCAGAUUAGAGGGCUGUCUAUUAAACAUUAUAUUCAGAGCCAUUCUGAUCUGUCGUACUCAAAACCAUGAUCAGCAAAUUCAGAAAAGCAGCCAUAUACAACCCCAUGUUUAUGUUCAUU